AUGUCAAGAGCAACACCUCCUCUCGAACUAGACGAAGUUGUCAUAUUCAUAAAGCAUCUCACGGGCAGAGAAGAUCUUGAAACAGACGCGCUCGAUCAUUGCACGAGCAAAGUCCAAGCUUAUUCGUGGACUUUUGAAGGAAAGGAGAUAACCCUUGUAGAUACACCGGGACUACGAGCGGAUACAAGUCAUGACCAGAAUGUUAUAUCAGCCAUAAAGCAACACAUUCGCGACCCCAGGUUCGACAGACUUGCAAAGGACUCCUACAGAGCAGUACAGGAUGUAUGUGGUCAACCCUCGAACGUGGCUAUUGUCACUACGCAUUGGGACCGCGAAGAAUCGAGGACAUAUCAGGCACAAAAAAGCCGCCACGAGAAAUUGAGGGAAGAUGUACUAAAGAAAUGGAUUGAUAAAGGAAACGAAAUCCAUCAAAGCGACGACAGUCCAUCGGCAGCCAAAGAGAUAGUUGUCUCUCUGCUUCAAAACGAAGUGAGAGUAAGAAGGAUCAGGGAAGAGAUAGUUCAGGAGGAGAGGAGAGGUAGAUCCCACGAGAAAGCAGUACAGACUGCGCGAGAUAAUCGCAAAGCUCGCCUGAAAAGGCAGAGCCUCAGCCCGAUGGACCGGUCGGAAGUCGAAGCUGAGGUGAGGAUUCUGAAUUCGUACGGAGUCAAGAGUCAUUGGAGUCUCUCCUUCUUUUCACUUCGCUAG